UCUGGCCCCACAUCGCCCCAGCGGUGCGGGCGGCCAAUGAGCGGGGGGGUGGGGCCAAACCGAGCCGGGAGAGAGCGGAGAGGGAGAGGCCGUUGCCAUGGCGACGCACCCGUACUGGCCGCGCUCGCUGCAGCUGCCGGGCUGGACGCCGCUCGCGCGCCCCGCGUGGCAGUGCUCAUGCGCGGUGGCGGUGGGCGCGGCGGUGCUGGCGGCGCUGGGCUGGGCGCUGGGCGGGGCGAGGGGCGGGGUCUCGAGAAGCCCCGCCCACCGGUUGACCCUCGCCUGGUUCCUGCUCUGCGCCGGCAUCCACGGGGUCCUCGAGGGCUACUACAGCCUAUGGCACCGCGAGCUGCCCGGGGCCGGGGGGCUGCUGGCCGACGUCUGGAAGGAAUACUCCAAAGCCGACAGCCGCUACAUUAUGAGCGAUGACUUCGUGGUGGUGAUGGAGACGGUGACGGCGUGGGCGUGGGGACCCCUCAGCUUCCUCACCUUUGUCGCCCUCCUGCGCCGGCACCCGGCGCGCUACGUCCUGCAGCUCCUCGUCUCCCUCGGGCAGCUCUACGGGGAUGUGCUGUACUUCGCCACAGAGGCGCGGGCGGGUUGGGGGCACAGCGACCCACGGCCCCUCUACUUCUGGGUUUACUUCGUGGGGCUCAACGGGCUGUGGGUGGUGGUGCCUGGUGUCCUCCUGGCCCAGGCCGCCAGCCGCCUCGCCAGCGCCCAGCGCUCCCUCGACCGCGCGCACCCCAAAGCCCACUGACCCCCGAAAUGGGGGAUUUGGGGGGUGGGGUGGGGGAACACGAUGGUUAGAGUGGGUCUUGGGGCUUUACAACUCCUUAGGGGUGUCCCAGUGCGCUCCAAGGGGUCACAAGGUGCUUUGAGGGAGUCUUGGUGCCCCCAAAUAGGUCACUGAGUGGUUUGAGGGGGUCUUGGUGCCCCCAAAGGGUCCCAGGGUAUCUUGGGGGGGUCGUCUCAGUGCUCCCCAAAGAGCUCAUAAAGCGGCUGGUGGGGGUCCCGGUGCUCCCAAAGGGGUCCCAGAGCGGUUUGAGGGGGUCUCGGUGCCCCUAAAGCAACUUGGGGGGAUCCCAAUGCUCCUAAAGGUAUUCGGGCAGCGACCGGGGCACCAGAGGCCUCUCGGGGGGGUCCCGGUGCCACCGGACCCGGGGGGUGAGGAUCCCCCUCUUCACGACACGCGGCGCGUGAAUGGGUUUUAAUAAAUGAACUCAAAGCGGA